AUGAGCGGUGUUUAUUCCGGGGUACAAGCUCGUAUACAGAAAAUGGAACCGAAGGCGUUAUACGUCCACUGUGCCGCUCACAACCUCAACUUGGUAGUGAAUGAUGCAGUUAACGGGAUUGAAAAAGUACGAAAAUACUUCGCCGUGCUCCAAAGUAUCUACGUAUUUUUUGGGCAUAGCAUCAAUCGCUGGGAUUUGCUGUCUUCGUUUUCGUUCACAGGUGAAUCGGUUGUUACUCUUAAGACAUUAAAUCCAACCCGAUGGUCUGGCCGUUUACAGUCAUUGAUAGCUAUGAAACAACGCUACUCAGAUGUUUUAAAGGCGCUGAAUAGAAUUAUUUUAGAGAGUAACAAGAAAGAUGAGAAAUCAGUAGCUGCAGGAAUAAUAGAGAACAUGGAAAAUUUCGAGUUCGUGCUGAUAACGAUACUCCUAGAAAAGAUUCUCUCAGUAAUAUUUUCUGCAUCCAUGCAAUUGCAACGCAAAGAUUUGGAUAUUGGUCAGGCAAUGACACAGAUGGAGACUUCUUAUUGUGUAGCAAAAGAGCUCAGAAACCAAUUCGAAGGCACGAUUGCCGAAGCAGAAUCAAUUGCUCAGAAAUGGGGUACUGUAACGAAGUUUAAAAAUUCAAGAACUCGUGUUCAUCGAAAAUUUCAUCACGAGCUCGCGGAGGAUUACCGGUUCGUAGAUGCUAAAGAGAGUUUCAGGGUAAACGUCUUUUACGGAGUACUUGAUAUCGUGAUCAAUCAGCUUAAAAACAGAUUCGAAGGCUUAGAAAAAGUUGCUGAACUGUUUUCGUUCCUAACACCCGCGAAAUUAUUAUCUGCGACCGAUGAAGAAACGAUGGAAAAUGCUCAAAAGGUGCAAGCACAAUAUCCAACCGAUAUAUCAGAAGCGUUGCCCCUUCAGGUUCUGCUAUAUGUUAAAACACUUCGGCUGGAAAUUGAGAAGAUACACACGAUCAAAGAAUUGGCAGAACUUAUAAUCAUUAAAUUCAAUGAUAUGAGUUCGAGCUUCUCCGAAGUUUACUCCUUGUUGCUUCUCUUUUUGACGAUUCCGGUCACCGUUGCAUCCGCGGAACGCUCGUUCUCAAAACUAAAAAUGAUAAAAACUAUCUUCGAAAUUCUAUGGGCCAAGAACGGCUUUCGCAAUUAG